GGGGCAAUUUAUGAGCGGUAGCUUUCCCUGCACUCUGUAUGCGAGGCAGCAAGCCUGGCGUCGGACGACAAUGCGCUCUAUAACGGAUUGAUUACUUUUGUCUUAUUAUCAAAUGUGUGGUGAACUCAUAAUCCUGCCUUGAUCCUUUCCCUUGUCGAAUAUGAAUACAUCGCCUAGUAACGCCAAUCAUCAAGAGAUCCAAACCCCGAGAAUCAUGCUCAUCCUGUAUCCUAUUGCUGGGCCUGCCCACAUCGAAACACACCGCAUGGAAUCGUUCGACAUGGUUCUCCGUGUCCCUUCUCUACACGCCUCUUCACGUCAACCUUUCUGGGACAUACAAGAAGCACGGGGCGCCCUUGUCCUUGUAGCAUGGGGGGUUUUUUUUUUUUUUUUUCUUUGCGUGCGAUGGCACGUCGAUUAGACCU